GGGAGCCGUUUCGUCCACCUGCUGCCUGGAUUUCCCCCAACACCUCCUCCCGCGUGCGUGUACCUUUUUUGCGUCCACUCCUUUACCUGUGAGACCGCCUGUUCCAUCCUGCACGCUCUCCCUGGAGCUCCAGAAACUGCCCCUGCCCCUGGGACCCGCCCUGGGACCCGCGUGUCCCCGCAGUUGCCGUGACGUCACUUCGUGCAGCACUUAUGUGCUUCCAUCCUUUCCUGGCUUGGUGACACUGCAGUGCAGUGGGGUGGGGAGUGGGUGGUAGGCCCUGGGUGGCUGGCUGGCAGCUGUUGGGGGCAGGGAACCAACCCCCCAAGACACAGGCCUGGGCUCUGAGGGGUGGCGCAGAUGCCACUCACCCCUGAAUGGUGCUUCUGAGAGCUGGGUGGGCACUGGCACAGCCGCCACAGCCUCCUUGGCCUGGAGGCCUCCUGAGGUCCCAGGGGGUCACCCAGGAGAGUGGGGUGUGGGGGUUGCCUCACUUCCAGCGGGCACUGGCUGGGUGCAAGGGGCUUGCUGGCCUGGCCUCAUGACUCCCCUGUCCCUAUGCCUGACCUGUGGGGCUCCCGGGAGGCAACUCUGUGGCCCUCAGCCCCUUGCCUGGAGGGAGGCAGGGCCCUGACCCCAGGGCUCCGCAGGCUGCAGGCUGCCAGGCCACCCGGGACGGUGAGGGCAUCAGCGGACAAUGUCUGGGCUCCGAGCCACCUGCCCACUGCCCCACAGUCCUGUCCCCUGCUCCUUCCUCUCUGGGCUCCUUUUCCAAACAAUUUGCCUAAUGUGAUUCCCGCCAGUGAGUAACAGUGUUUACAGACGCACAGGGGUAACCCGAGCCCGGGGCAGGCGGGGCAGGAAACGCCCCAUCCAGGUGUCCCUUCUGCUUCUGCAGGGAGGACGCUCCGGCGCACCUGCCCUCGGAGGUGGUGGCAAUGGAGCCCCUGUUCCCAGCCUCCAUGCAGGACGGCUGGAACACCUCCUCGGCAGCCACCAGCGGAGGCGGCGGCAACGGGACGCUGGCGGGGCCGGCGCGCUCGCUAGGGGCCCGGGCCGUGCUGGUGCCGGCGCUCUACCUGCUGGUGUGCACGGCGGGGCUGGGCGGCAACACGCUGGUCAUCUACGUGGUGCUGCGCCACGCCAAGAUGAAGACCGUCACCAACAUCUACAUCCUCAACCUGGCUGUGGCCGACGUACUGCUCAUGCUGGGGCUGCCUUUCCUGGCCACGCAGAACGCCGUGUCCUACUGGCCCUUCGGCUCUGUGCUGUGCCGGCUGGUCAUGACGCUGGACGGCAUCAACCAGUUCACCAGCGUCUUCUGUCUGACCGUCAUGAGUGUGGACCGCUACCUGGCCGUCGUCCACCCCAUCCGCUGCACGCGGUGGCGCCGCCCAAGGGUGGCCAGGCUGGCCAGCGCUGCCGUCUGGGCCUUCUCACUGCUCAUGGCACUGCCGCUUGCGGUCUUCGCUGACGUCCAGGAGGGUGGAGACACCUGCAACCUCAGCUGGCCGGAGCCCGUGGGCCUGUGGGGUGCUGUCUUCAUCACCUACACGUCCGUGCUCGGCUUCUUUGGGCCCCUGCUGGUCAUCUGCCUCUGCUAUCUGCUCAUCGUGGUGAAGGUGAAGGCGUCGGGUGUGCGCGUGGGCUCCACGCGGCGGCGGUCAGAGCGCAAGGUGACCCGCAUGGUGGUGGUGGUGGUGGUGGUGUUCGUGGCCUGCUGGCUGCCCUUCUUCAUCGUCAACAUCGUCAACCUGGCCUUCGUGCUGCCCGAGGAGCCCGUCUCCGCUGGCGCCUACUUCUUCGUGGUCAUCCUGUCCUAUGCCAACAGCUGUGCCAACCCCGUGUUGUACGCCUUCUUCUCUGAUAACUUCCGCCAGAGUUUCCGGAAAGUUCUGUGCCUCCGCAAGGGCUACGGCACUGAGGAUGUGGACGCCAUGGAGCCGCGGCACAAGAGCAGCCCGCUGCAGGAGGCCACAGUCCCUGCACGCAGCUCUGAGGCCAACGGGCUUAUGCAGACCAGCAAGCUGUGAGUGGGCAGCCGGCACCAGCAGCCACCCCGAGAUCCGGGGUCCUGCGAGGUGCCCCCACAGCGGCCGGGACACUCCCACAGUGAGAAGACCAGCAUGCAUGGCGAGCCAUGGGUGGUCCUGCAGUGACUGAUGCCACGUCUGCCUGCCUGUCCUCGCUGAGCAGGCAGGAGAGGCCCAGGGUCCUGGUCAAUGACCAGAAUGUCUCACCCCCAGGGUAUGGGGCUGGAACUGCAGAGGGGACAGCUGGGAUUGCAGCGCUCUCCAGCCCUUGAGACCCACCCACCCCCUCCACACCCCCUGCCAGGGCAUCUCCCUUCCUGGCUGGCCACAGUCGCUGACCACUGACCGAUGGUUAGGGGAGCGAGGGACGUGCUGGGGGCUGCGGCUUCCACAGUGGGCAUUGCGGGGGGCAGCAAGCAUAGAGGGAGAGUGUCGAGGCCGAAUUGUGGAUGGAGAGAGAGACUUUUGGGUCUGGGGGCACAGGCGUCUGGAGGGGCCCCUUCUGAAGGACCCCGGGGCACCAAGGGAGGCCAUCGGAGGUAGGAGGCAGGAAUCUGCAACCAUCUCUUCUGCUGCUGGCCUCAGUCUGGGAGAGGGGGCAGGAGCAAAGGAGGAGAAUAUGCAGACAGCAGCUGGGGGGCAGCCCCCCCAGCGCAUAUAGCAGCCACUCAGAAAGGCGCACUGCGUGGACAUGCACAGAAGCCAGCAAGUGCCAGGCUCCUGAGGAGCUCUGCCCCACCCCCAGGCUGCAGGUCCUGCCCACACCCCCAAAAUGCUGGCUCCUGCCACCAUGGCUCAUGCUUCCUGGGUCUGCCCAGACGGUACCCCAGCCCCAGAGGGCACGGGAGCAGGCGGAUCUGUGCCGCGCACAGAAAGACUUGGUCAGUGCUGCCUGGGCCUUGGUGCCGAGCCGGGUAGAGGCCAAGCCCUGGAAACGUGAUCGUGUAAUGAGGGUGCUUGUAUU